AUGUGCUGGCUGAGGGGGUGGAGCCAGAUCCUCCUGCCGGUGUUCCUCUCCCUGGCUCUCAUCCAGCUAAUUACCAGCUUCUCCGACCAUAAGUUUUCUAAAACCCACUCUCACGGGAAAUGGAAACUAGAAGCAAGAUACGUUGACAGGGAAUGUGCUCAAAAGCAAACUUGUCCAUUGUGUACCAAAGAUAAGAGAUGUAUUUGGUGCCGAGAAGAAAGUGUUUGCAAAAAGUACUGUUUUCCAUAUUCUGACUGUAAAUUCAAUUCUAUAUUUUGGGCAAACUGUAGAGUGGAUAUGUUUGGAGUCGUCAUGCUGAUCCUGGUUGCAAUAUUAGCAGUAGGAUUCUUGUGGUAUUGCCUCGCCUAUUACUUUUACAUGCAGGAGUAUACCUUUUAUUAUGCAAGAAAUCAACAAAUUCCUGGAUACAACUGGAAUGCUCCUGAAGACCUGAUGACCAUGGACCUGAGCUCUCUUAAGCCUCAGAACUGCCUUUUUGGUUGUAAACUAAAGGCCGCCAAAGAUCUUUAUCACUUUAAAGUGGAUAAUAAUGAAUAUGAACACCAGCUAUCAUUAAGAAUGGUCAGUUUAAGGGCAGGGGUAAAAAACAAAUUACACAUUGUAGAGACAGGAGCAAUGGACAAUAAAGGCAGUCCAAUGAAAGCAACACUGGCAACUCUGAAAAUGUGUACAGUUUCCUUUGGGGGCUUUGGGACUCCACCACCUGUGGUCCUACGGUUGAAGUGUGGAUCCCGACCUGUGCACACAGUAGCCAUAGAGGAAGAUGCAGAGUCAGAACAUGAGUAUGAGGAGGAUGUAAAACUCUUUUUGUGUGGAAAACGAUCAGUCCCCCGAGGUGGUAACCAGGUUCCACAGGAAAAAGUAAAACUUCAUGAAGAUGAUGAGGAUGGUGCUGAAGCUGAUGAUGAUUUUGAUGAUGAGGAAGCUAAAGAAAAAGUUCCAGUGAAGCAAUCUGGUCAAGAGUCCUUCAAAAAACAGGAAAAAAAAAAAACUCCUAAAACACAGAAAGGACCUAGUUCUAUAGAAGGCAAGCAAGCAAGCAAGUAGAAAAAGGGUGUUUCUUUUCCCAAAGUGGAAGUCAAGUUCAUCAAUCAUGUGAAGAAUUGCUCCUUCCGGAUGACUGACCAGGAGACUAUUCAAGACCUCUGGCAGUGGAGAAGUCUUUUUAAGAAAAUGGUUUAA